AUGAGUGCUGUUAUGGUAGACUGCAGGGAGGUCACUGAGUCCAGAGCUAACCAGCGGGCGCCGCACCCAGACAGUCUAACCAGGGGGCGCCGCACCCAGACAGUCCAACCAGGGGGCGCCGCACCCAGACAGUCCAACCAGGGGGCGCCGCACCCUGAGGGUCCAACCAGGGGGCGCUGUACCCAGACGGUCCAACCAGGGGGCGCUGUACCCAAGCGGUCCAACCAGGGGGCGCUGCACCCAGACAGUCCAACCAGGGGGCGCCGCACCCAGACAGCCCAACCAGGGGGCGCUGUACCCAGAGGGUCCAACCAGGGGGCGCUGUACCCAAGCGGUCCAACCAGGGGGCGCCGCACCCAGACGGUCCAACCAGGGGGCGCUGUACCCAGACAGUCCAACCAGGGGGCGCUGUACCCAGAGGGUCCAACCAGGGGCCGCCGCACCCAGAGGGUCCAACCAGGGGGCGCUGCACCCAGACGGUCCAACCAGGGGGCGCUGCACGCAGAUGGUCUAACCCAGGGGGUGCCGCACCCCGGUGGUCCAACCAGGGGGCGCUGCACCCAGGCGGUCCAACCAGGGGGCGCCGCACCCAGAUGGUCUAACCCAGGGGGCGCCGCACCCAGACAGUCCAACCAGGGGGCGCUGCACCCAGACAGUCCAACCAGGGAGCGCUGUACCCAGACAGUCCAACCAGGGUGCGCUGCACCCAGACAGUCCAACCAGGGGGCGCCGCACCCAGAGGGUCCAACCAGGGGGCGCCAUACCCAGAGGGUCCAACCAGGGGGCGCCAUACCCAGACAGUCCAACCAGGGGGCGCCGCACCCAGACGGUCCAACCAGGGGGCGCCUCACCCAGACGGUCCAACCAGGGGGCACCGCACCCAGACGGUCCAACCAGGGGGUGCUGUACCCAGACGGUCCAACCAGGGAGCACUGUACCCAGAUGGUCUAA